AUGGACGAAGCGGACUCGGCCACGAAGGCGCUCGGGCUGCACGAGCCGCCCAUCGGGCCUCCGGUGGCGGGAGUCGGGUCGGAUACCGAGUCGGAGGCCGAAGUCACAGCGAUGGCGGUGAUGGCCGAACCGGGAAACAUCGACAUGGGAGCCGAGUCCCUGCCGAACCCAGACGAGGCCGAGGCGGCUUUUGCAGAGGUGACAUCAGUGACGGCGGUGACGGUGGGGGACGUUCAUUCUGCGGACGACAACGUUUUCACCACCACGGUCGCAACGUCAGGAAGCCUCCCUGAACACGUGCUGAGUGGCAGGACCACCCUGCAGCUGGGUGAAGGUCUCGGUACCCAGAAGGCCACUCUGAUCGUCGUUCACACUGACGCCAGCAUCGUGGAGGCUGCAGGUCUCAAGUCGGCCAACUCCAUCACACCAGACCAAACACAUUCCUCAUGUUUUCUGAGCCCACAGACUCCUCCCACCCCUCUGACCCCCCCCCAGGACAAAGACUCCUGCUCUAAGUACAACUGGGACCCGUCCGUCUACAACAACGAGCUGCCGGUCCGAUGCAGGAACACCAGCGGAGUCCUCUACAAGAACCGGCUCGGAUCAGGGGGCAAAGGUCGCUGUGUGAAACACAACCAUCAGUGGUUAACUCCCACAGAGUUUGAAGGUUUGGCCGGAAGAGCGAGCAGCAAAGACUGGAAGAGAAGCAUCCGAUACGCUGGGAGGCCUCUGCUCUGCCUCAUACAGGAGCGUAUCCUGAACCCUCAUGCUGCCUCCUGUACCUGUGCAGCCUGCUGUGACGACCUGACUGCGUGUUCAAAGGAAGGAGACACUCUGGCAGCCGAGAGCAUCAGUAUGACCGGUCCGGUUCGUCUCUUCGUGCCGUAUAAGAGAAGGAAGAAGGAUUUGGAGCCGCCGCUCAUUCCGGCCAAAAAGGAACUUUCUUCCCCCAAAAACAUCACGCUGACCCCCGGCACCACAUUCACCGUGUCUCCGUCGGGACAGAUCACAUCAGGAACGCUGACCUUCGACCGCUCGGCAGCAGGCGACGCUGCUACGGCCGCUGCUGCUGCUGCCAUCAUCUCAGAGAGCUCAGCACAGAGCGAGGUGUUCGCCAGCACCGCAGUUCUCACAGCGUUGCCGGCGUUGGCUGUGUCUCCGCAGCCCGUCCAGGCUAAGAUGGCGGUAGCGACGGCUCCAUCAGUGGGUCUGGUGGGGGGGCUGGAGAUGAGCCCAGUGGGGGGGAUGGGGCCUGUGGGAGGCGAUGGGCAGAAGAACACCUGGCUCUACCUGGAGGAGUUGGCCAACACGCUGAUGAGUAACGUCCAGCAGCUGAAAGCUCUGAUCGAUCAGGCCAAACACACUGAGGGGGGGGCAGGGGGCAAAGGUCAGGGGGGCCGCAAGGAGUGUGGUCUCUCUCAGCAGUUUCACAGUCAGAUCUCGUUCCAGUCUGAUGACUCGGACUCUAAACGCAGCUCUGACAUCACAGAGCUCAUCAUCAACCAGAUGUGUGUGAACUGUGGUCGGGUGGCGAUGAGCGAAUGUACCGGCUGCCACAAAGUCAACUACUGCUCCACCUUCUGUCAGAGAAAGGAUUGGAAGGAUCAUCAACACACCUGCUGUCAAUCAGGAGGGGGCGUGUCCGUGCAGGAGGAGGAGCCAAUCACAGGCCUGGACAUGGACAAAGUGAAAUGACGCUGUUUUCUCGGGAUCAGUCAGGUGAUCCCCGCAGACAGGAAGUGCUCUGAGGACUCAAUGUCUCCUUACUGACGUGGGAAGAAGCUCACACAGUCGGAGCGCAGCAGCAGCUCCUGGUGGACGUGGAAGGAACUGCAGCUGGAGGCAGAUCGCACUGAACUGUACAUGAACAGAUUUAAUCAGUAUGAGUUUAUGACGGUGACUCAUCGCUUCAUUAUUUAAAUUUUUUACCUGAAUGACCAUAAAUGAUGAUAAGUGCUCAGUGACUGUCCUGGUUCAUUAACGCAUCAGUAUAAUGAAACAGUGGUAUCAUAUUAACUCC